AUGAGUGCUAACCACUUAGACACAAAAGCUCAGCUUGAUAAUUUCGAGGACAAGACCGAACUCGAACACUUGGAGACAGACAAGGGUUCAUCCAAAGAUGCAUUGGACCUUCUGAUUCCCAUUGCCGACAUCGAGCCUCCACGGCUUUUGUCCAAGCCAAUGGUGCCAAUGCUCUUCUCUUGCUUCAUCGUCUACUUUGUUGCUACGACAUGUGGCUUUGACGGUUCGUUGAUGUCGUCCAUUUACACCCAGAAGGACUACUUAAAGUUUUACAAUCUUGAUGCAACCUCGUCGACAUCCACUGGGUUGGUGUUUUCCAUGUAUAACGUGGGACAGAUUGCCAGUGCCUUUUUUUGUCCAUUGAUGGAUUUGUACGGAAGGAAGUUUGUUAUUAUCAUGGGUGUUUAUGGCAUUGUCAUUUCUGCCGUGGUUACUGCCGUGUCCAAGAACGUACCCACGCUUAUUGCUGGAAGAUUCUUCUUGUCGUUUUUCACCCAGUUGGCCAACACUGCUGCUGCCAAUUACUGUACUGAGAUUGCUCCUACCAGACACAGGAGUAGAGUGGCUGGUUUCUACAACUGUCUUUGGUAUGUUGGUUCCAUCAUCGCUGCAUUCACCGCCUAUGGUAGUGAGAGAAGCUUCAGUGGCAGCAACAAGGCAUUCAGAAUUCCCUUGUGGCUUCAGUGUGCUUGUCCAGGUAUUGUGUGCAUUUUUGGCUGGCUCAUUCCCGAGUCUCCACGUUGGUUGGUUGGAAAGGGUAGAAUUGAAGAUGCCAGAAAGAUGAUCGCCAAAUACCACUGUAACGGCAACAUCAACGACCCAUUGGUUGAGUUUGAAGUGGCUGAGAUCGCAGAGACCUUUGCUACUGUUUCUUUGGAGUCCACCUGGAAGGUGUUGGACCCACGUCCAAUGUUGAGAAAGCGUUCAGACAGAUAUCGUGCAAUGUUGGUGGUUAUCAUGGCAUUCUACGGACAAUUCUCCGGUAACAAUGUCUGUUCCUAUUACUUGCCUACCAUGUUGACCAAUGUUGGUAUGACUUCUCAGACCACUAACGUGUUAAUGAAUGCAUGCUACUCUAUCACUUCGUGGAUUUCUUCGUUGUGCGGAGCCUACGUCCACGAGAUCGUUGGCAGAAGAAAGAUGUUCAUGGCCUCAUCGUUUGGUGCAGCCUUGUGUUUGUCCGGAUUGGCUAUUGCUACUGCUAGAUACGAUGUUACUGCUGCCAAGCUGGCCUCCAACGCGGCCUUGGCCUUCAUCUACCUCUUUGGUAUUACUUUCUCGUUUGCAUUCACGCCAAUGCAGCCCAUCUACCCAUCAGAAGUUUCUUCAAAUGUUUUGCGGUCCAGAAACAUGAUUCUCUUGAAUUUGACUUCUGGUGUUGCUCAGUUUAUCAACCAAUUCGCUGCACCAGAGGCCAUGAAGAACAUUGGAUUCUGGUUUUACGUGUUUUACGUUUUCUGGGAUCUUUCUGAGGUUGUGGUGAUUUACUUCUACUUUGUGGAGACCAAGGGACGCUCUUUGGAGGAGUUGGAUGAGAUCUUCGAAGCCCCAAACCCAAGAAAGGCCAGUGUUGCUCCAAGAAGAGACAAUGAGAAGGUCUAA